AACUUCAGCUUCAUGGUCACAUACACACACAGUGACGUGAGUUUGUCACAGACGGAUAUGUUUUCAUGGCUGUCUAUAUUUAGAUGUCUGUAAUCCUCGUCAAAAAAACAAACAAACAAUAGGUGUUCUUGGUGGAUAAUCUGGAAUAAUCUCAGGGAAUAGAGAGAGUGAUGGGCUCGGUGAAAAAGGACAACAGACUGACGGGCUCUCAGGGCUUCAUGUGCAUCGGUUUCGCCGGUUUUUUCAGCAGGACGGUCACGUCGCCACUGGAGGUGGUGAAAAUCAAAAGCCAAGUGGGAACUUUCCACAGUAAACGAGGCUUUUGUCAAAGUUUCCUCCUCGUCUACAACAAUGAAGGACUUCGAGGCUUUUGGAAAGGAAACCUCGCCUCCUGUCUGCGGCUGUUUCCUUACAACGCACUUCACCUCACAACGUACAGAAAGAUAGUCCACCUGCACAUGGAUGAACUGGGCUUCAUCUCUCAGUGGAGAGCCAUAUUCGCCGGUGGACUGGCUGGCGUCGUCGCAGCUCUGGCCACGUACCCGCUGGAGGUGGUGGAGACCAGGCUCAUCGCUCAGAACUGCAGGCAGCCCACGUACAUGGGUGUGGUUCACACUCUGUCAAAGAUCUACAGGAGUGAGGGGCUUCUCGCGCUCUACAGGGGCUUUUCCCUCACUGUCCUAGGUGCAUUCCCCUUUUCCAUCGGUUGCUAUGCGGUCUACAUGAACCUGGACAAAAUCUGGCAGGAGCCUCCUUUUCGCUUCUCUCCCCUGCAGAACUUCAUCAGCGGCUGUUUGGCUGCAGGAGUGUCUCAGACACUCUCCUACCCUUUUGAAACAGUAAAAAGGAAAAUGCAGGCUCAGAGUGCCCGCCUCCCACAUUGCGGUGGCGUUGACGUCCAUUUCAACGGGAUGAUCGAUUGUUUCAUUCAAGUUGUCAAGAACAAGGGUGUACUGUCGUUGUGGAACGGUCUGACAGCCAACAUCAUAAAGAUUGUCCCCUGUUUCGGCCUCCUUUACACCUGCUUUGAGAUGUGUAAGCAGGUUUGCCUCUACCGUAACGGGUACAUCGUCUCGCCUCUGAGCUCCCAGCUCGCACCGGGGGUGGACCAGAGCCUCGGGCCGCACGAGCUGCAGGAGGUGAAGCGCUACUUGAAAAACCGGAACUUUGGCUCAGGGGAGUCGUCCAUUGGAAACCGCUGGUGAAAUGUUACGUGACCACACGUGUGGUUAUUGUGUGGAUACUAUUAACUAUUAACUAUUUAGUGGAUAUAAUGUACAGUAUUAUGCACAAAAGGGUUGUAUUUCAGGAUUAAUGCUUCCAUAAAAGCAAAUAACAUGCAUUUACGUUAUUGUUUAUCGUCAGCAGCCGUCUACCUCUUUGAAAACAUCAUUUCACUGUUUUAACCAGAAAUACUGUAUAACAUGUGCCUCAAAUAGUGCCAUACUAUAGAGAUUAUAUUUUUACAGUACAAUGAACUCUACGUUCCAAGUGUGAGUGGGAUCUGGAAAAUCAUGGAUGAAAUGUGUUUAUGACAUUAAAGUGUUUCUUUUUUAAA